UCUCUGAGGAAGCAGCGGCUACACGAGUGCCAGACCAACAAAUUUUGCAAAACUGGUGGAAUUCGUCUUUAAGCUCACGUCACUGAGUAAACAGAACCGCUCACUACCCCCCUCUGGAGGCAGAAUGAUGAGGCGGCUGGUGGUGGGCAGAUUGAGCCAGGCGGGACUGAGGCUCCUGGGGCAAAAUGUGAGUGGACGGUGGGGGUGCGGAGGUCAGCGGAUGAUCCAUCACUGCUCAGCGCUCGUCUACAGGGAGCACACGGCCAACAUCAACGCUGUGAGAAUAGAGCAGCUGCCCCUGCCUGUUCUGAGCAAACGCAGCGUCAGAGUGAAGAUGCUGGCAGCGCCGGUCAACCCUGCAGACCUCAACAUGGUCCAGGGAACGUACCCCAUCCUGUGCCCCCUGCCUGCUGUGGGUGGGAACGAGGGGGUGGGAGAGGUGCUGGAGGUGGGUGAUGAUGUCCACACAGUGAGACCAGGUGACUGGGUGGUGCCUGUGGACGCAGGAUUUGGCACAUGGAGAACCGAGGCAGUGUGUGAGGAGGAUGACCUGAUCGCUGUCCCGAAAGAUAUUUCUGUGCUCGGAGCCGCCACGAUCGCAGUAAACCCCUGCACUGCUUACAGGAUGCUGCACGACUUCCAGGCACUUACGCCAGGCUCUACAGUGAUCCAGAAUGGAGCAAACAGUGCUGUUGGUCAGGCAGUGAUCCAGAUAGCCGCAGCAAUGGGAAUCAGAACCAUCAACAUCAUCAGAGACAGGCCAGAUCGUGCUGAGCUGAUGAAAGAGCUGCAGACUCUGGGAGCUGAUUAUGUCCUCACAGAAGAGGAAGUGAUGUCAUCAGGCCUUCAACAUGUCUUCCAGGAGGCUCCUAAACCCAAACUGGGGCUGAACUGUGUAGGAGGGGUCAGCGGGGGUCUCGUGCUGUCCAGUUUAGACUAUGGAGGCACGCUGGUGACGUAUGGAGGCAUGGCCAAAAAACCUCUGCACAUUCCAGCAAAAUUCCUCAUAUUCAAAAACAUCACGCUGCAAGGCUUCUGGAUGACCCAAUGGAAAAGGAACCACAGGCAAGAUAAAGCUCGUUUGCGGACGAUGCUGGACGCAGUGUGUGAACUCGUCAGGUCGGGUCACCUCACUCCUCCAAACUGUGUUUGGACACCAUUUCCCCAGUACACACACGCUUUACACGCUACACUGCAGCCACUCCAGCGCAAACACGUCCUCAUAAUGUAGCACUUUUAAUGCACUGUCAGGACGUCAGGUUAUACAUACAUCUUAUGUGUUAUCUACAUAUGUAUAAAUACCAUUAUUUAAUAUUAAUAUCCCAUGUAUGUGAUAUAAAUGUAAGUACAUAUAUGUAAUAAUAAUGUCCUGUAUCUAUUUUAGAUACAUAAGCAUCUACACGUAAUAAAUAUAUCGCUGUUGUUGGAAGAAAACCUCGUAUGUCCAAAAUGGUAACUUUACAGGAGAAGGAAAAAACCUACUUUACUUUUAA